CCUCGCCCCCCAAAUCUCACAAGAAAACCCUUAAACACACACUUCUUCCCCUCUCUACUCUCGCCGUCAGGGAUUUUCUGUAGCGGCGGCGAUGGCGGAUCUCUUCCCACCUCUCGUGACUGCUCAAAUCGACGACAAGCCUAAAGUCGAUGAGAAAGUCGAUUACUCGAAUCUCCCUUGCCCUGUUCCCUAUGAGGAACUCCACCGUGAAGCUUACAUGUCUUUAAAGACAGACAAUUUUGAGGGUUUACGCUUCGACUUUACCAAGGGUUUGAAUCAAAAGUUUGCUCUCUGCCACAGUGUAAUGAUGGGACCAACGGAAGUUCCUUCUCAGUCGCCUGACACGACGAUCAAAAUUCCAACUGCCCAUUAUGAGUUUGGUGCCAAUUAUGUUGACCCAAAGUUGAUGCUUGUUGGAAGGGUUAUGACUGAUGGUAGAGUUAGUGCACGAGUGAGAGCUGAUUUAACUGAAAAGUUGAUGGUGAAGGCGAAUGCUAUGCUGACAAAUGAGCCUCAUAUGUCGCAUGGAAUGUUCCACUUUGAUUACAUGGGAUCAGACUACAGAGCCCAACUUCAAUUUGGGAACAGUGCUCUAAUUGGAGCAUCCUAUAUUCAGAGUGUGACACCACGUCUAUCUUUGGGUGGGGAAGUUUUCUGGGCUGGUGUGCCUCGGAAGUCGGGUGUAGGUUACGCUGCAAGAUACGAAACUGAUAAGAUGGUCGCCUCUGGGCAAGUUGCUAGCACUGGUCUUGCUGUUAUGAAUUAUGUUCAGAAGGUUUCCGAUAAGGUCUCACUUGCCACUGAUUUCUCGUACAACUACUUUUCAAGAGAAACUGUCGCUAGUGUAGGGUAUGACUACAUUCUCAGACAGUCUCGUGUGCGGGGAAAGAUUGAUUCGAACGGUGUAGCAUCCGCUCUUCUGGAAGAAAGAUUGAGUAUGGGACUCAAUUUUCUUAUAUCUGCAGAGCUUGACCAUAAGAAGAAGGACUACAAGUUUGGAUUCGGUUUAACAGUCGGCUAAUAAGCAUAAUGAGUGCACGAAAUAAAGCCCUGGCAGCUGCAGAUUGCAGCAGCUGUUGUGCGGGGGAUUGGGUUCAAUUUCAUUAUAUUUUCCCUUCAAGAUUUUAGUUUAGGCUUUUUUCGUUGGGAAGUUGAACAAAAAACCAAGGAAAUGUUGUGUUGUUUACUUGCGGUUUAGGUUUUCUCUCCAAGAACAUCCAAUCAAAGGAGUUUUUUUUGUGUUUUUACUUUCUUGCUUUCAGGUCUCGUAAUACUACUACCGAGAGGUGUAUUCAGAAAGAUUCAUUUCCUUCGUGUUAAAGAAUAAACCAGUUAGAUAAAGUAAAAUUGCC